UUGCAUUUCCAUGUUGUGUGUACCGUGGGAGACCAGAUAUAGUGAAUGCAGGGUCCGGGGAGACCAGAUAUAGUGAAUGCAGGGUCCGGGGAGACCGGAUAUAGUGAAUGCAGGGUCCGGGGAGACCAGAUAUAGUGAAUGCAGGGUCCGGGGAGACCGGAUAUAGUGAAUGCAGGGGUCCGGGGAGACCAGAUAUAGUGAAUGCAGGGUCCGGGGAGACCGGAUAUAGUGAAUGCAGGGUCUGGAGAUCGGAUAUAGUGAAUGCAGGGUCCGGGGAGAGUGGAUAUAGUGAAUGCAGGGUCCGGGGAGACCAAAUAUAGUAAAUGCAGAGUCCGGGGAGACCGGAUAUAGUGAAUGCAGGGUCCGGGGAGACCAGAUAUAGUGAAUGCAGGGUCCGGGGAGA